AUGGAAAAGUCAGCCGUGGAGGGCGAUGGGCUUCUUAUUCCGCUCAUUGACUUUUCAAAUUUCCUCCACGGCGACGAAGCCCAGAAGCUUGAGACGGCCAAAGCUAUCCUCACGGGCUUCCAAACUGCCGGCUUCAUCUACCUCAGUAACAUUCCGAUCACCCCGUCCACCCGUGCCCAUGUCUUCGAUGUCUCGACCAGGUUCUUCAAACUGCCUUCUGAAUCCAAAAACUCGCUCGCCUGGACCACCCCCGAGGCCAACCGGGGCUACUCAGCCCCAGGUCGCGAGAAAGCCACUCAGCUGACUGACCCCAAGGAGGUCGAGGCUCAGCGCCGCUCAGUUCCGGACAUCAAAGAGUCAUUUGAGAUAGGACGCGACAAUGACCCAGCCCAUCCCAACAACUGGCCGUCCGAAUCCGGCGCCGAAGCCGAGGGGCUCGGGCUAGCGGGCUUCCGAGAGACCAUGAUGGACUUUUUUGACCAGUGCAAGGCGCUGCACGUUGAGGUUAUGCGCGCGAUUGCGGUAGGCAUGUCGCUCCCGCAGAGCUUCUUUGAUUCGUUCGUCGACAACGGUGACAACACGUUGCGUCUGCUGCACUACCCAGCCGUACGGAAAGACGUGUUCCAGAUCAACCCGGGCCAAGCCCGCGUUGGGGAGCAUUCCGACUACGGCUCCAUCACCCUGUUGUUCCAGGACGAGAAGGGUGGGCUCCAGGUCAAGAGUCCUAACGGCCGCUUUGUCGACGCCCCCCCUAUUGAGAACACAUGCGUAGUGAAUGCUGGGGAUUUGCUAGCCAGGUGGAGUAAUGAUACUAUCAAAAGUACGGUGCAUAGGGUAGUGGAGCCGCCCAGGAAGGAAGAAGACGGCGGAGAUACUUACCCUCCGAGAUACAGUAUUGCGUACUUUUGCAACCCUAACUUCAAGAGUUUCAUUGAGGCCAUCCCCGGGACAUACGCUACCGAGGCCGACAAGAAGUAUGCCGGUAUCAACAGCGGAGAUUACCUAGUGCAGAGGUUGACGGCUACGUAUUGA